AUGGCCAGAUCGAGGCGAGUGAUUCACAGUUAUGCUGCAUAUGCUUUGACCAAUUAUGCUCCAUUGAAGUUCAAGAUUGUGGUCAUCAAAUGUGUGCUCAAUGCACACUCGCAUUAUGCUGCCACAACCCACAACAAACCGAACCUGACAACCUUAUCCCUGCCCGCACCCAUCUGCCCGUUUUUCCGAAGCAACAUAGCCCGGCUGACCGUGGUCAAAGUCAAAGUCAACACUGCUGACCAAGAACUCGAUCUUUAUUCCUCCCCUAAACAGAGAAAAUCAAGAAAGUCUCAGAAUUUAAGUGAGGGGAGCAGCAGCUUUAGGAGUUUAUCGGUUGUGCCAUCGUUUGGGAAAAUUGUGGGUCGCGGGUUGGGUCAGGUUUCGGUUGAUAAUGAAAUCGAUAAACCGUGA